GAAGAUGAACAGAACUGAAUUUUAGGACCUAACUGCUGAUGGGCUGGAUUUUAUCUUGGCAGGAGUUCUGAAGAUUGAUGCAGUGAGAGAAGACACAGCCAAUGGCUUCAGAAUCCGUGGUCCCUGAGCAGGCAAAACAACAUCUGAUAAAGGGAAAAAGGCGGCGGCAGCAGCAGCAGCAACAAACUCGGCCUUCCAGCAGUGAUGGGGAUGAUGAUGUCUUUGUGUUUGAGGCAAAUGAGGCUUGGAAGGAUUUUCACAGCUCUCUUCUUCACUUCUUUGAAGCUGGAGAGCUCUGUGAUGUUACACUGAAGGUUGGUUCGAAGCUAAUCGCCUGCCACAAACUGGUGCUGGCUUGCGUUAUCCCGUACUUCCGAGCCAUGUUUCUUUCAGAAAUGGCUGAAGCCAAGCAGAAGCUGAUCGAGAUCAGGGACUUUGAUGGUGAUGCCAUCGAGGACCUGGUGAAGUUUGCAUACUCCUCGCAGCUCACGCUGACGGUGGACAACGUGCAGCCCCUCCUGUACGCUGCCUGCAUCCUGCAGGUAGAACUGGUGGCCAAAGCCUGCUGUGAAUACAUGAAGCUGCAUUUCCACCCUUCCAACUGCCUGGCAGUCAGGGCAUUUGCUGAAAGCCACAACCGCAUAGACCUGAUGGACAUGGCUGAUCAGUUUGCUUGUGAACAUUUCACAGAAGUAAUGGAGUGUGAGGACUUUGUGAGUGUGUCACCACAGCACCUCCAUAAACUCCUGUCUUCCAGUGACCUGAAUAUUGAAAAUGAAAAGCAAGUUUACAAUGCUGCUAUCAAGUGGCUGCUGGCCAAUCCCCAGCAUCAUGCUACAUGGCUGGAUGAGAUCCUUGCACAGGUACGGCUGCCUCUCUUGCCCAUUUGUUUCCUUAUGGGUGUUGUGGCAAAGGAAGAGAUUGUCAAGCAGAAUCUAAAAUGUAGGGAUUUGCUGGAUGAAGCAAGGAACUACCACCUUCACCUGAGCAGCAGGGCAGUGCCUGACUUUGAGUACUCCAUUCGCACAACACCAAGGAAGCAGACUGCUGGCGUGCUGUUCUGUGUCGGUGGCAGAGGUGGAUCAGGUGACCCCUUCCGCAGCAUCGAGUGUUACUCCAUCAGUAAGAACAGCUGGUUCUUCGGCCCUGAAAUGAACAGCAGGAGGAGGCAUGUGGGUGUGAUCUCCGUGGGAGGUAAAAUCUACGCAGUAGGUGGACAUGAUGGAAAUGAACACUUAGGAAGCAUGGAAGUAUUUGAUCCUCUCACAAACAAGUGGAUGAUGAAGGCAUCAAUGAACACAAAGAGGAGAGGCAUCGCCCUGGCAUCCCUGGGCGGCCCCAUCUAUGCCAUCGGGGGCUUGGAUGACAACACGUGCUUCAGCGACGUGGAGCGCUACGACAUCGACUCGGAUCGCUGGAGCACUGUGGCCUCCAUGAACACUCCCCGGGGAGGUGUCGGCUCUGUAGCCCUGGUGAACCAUGUUUAUGCUGUGGGUGGCAAUGAUGGUGUAGCAUCUCUUUCCAGUGUGGAGAAAUACGAUCCUCACUUGGAUAAGUGGAUAGAAGUGAAAGAAAUGGGUCAGCGAAGGGCUGGGAACGGUGUCAGUGAGCUCCACGGCUGCUUGUAUGUUGUGGGUGGCUUUGAUGACAACUCACCCCUGAGCUCGGUGGAGCGGUUUGACCCACGCUGUAACAAAUGGGAAUAUGUGGCAGAGCUCACAACUCCAAGGGGUGGUGUUGGCAUAGCGACACUGAUGGGAAAAAUUUUUGCAGUUGGAGGUCAUAAUGGCAACGUGUACCUGAAUACAGUAGAAGCAUUUGAUCCCAUAGUGAACAGGUGGGAACUCGUGGGCUCUGUGUCACACUGCAGGGCUGGGGCAGGCGUGGCCGUGUGCUCCUGUCUCAGCAGCCAGAUCCGGGAUGUGGGCCAAGGAUCCAGCAACGUUGUGGACUGCAUGUGAGCUCUGCCACCUCCUCCAAAUUCCAAAGGAGUGCUACAAGGGUGGCACCACAGAGCUUCUAAACACUGUGUUUUUAUAGCAGGUUAAGGAAUAAAUCCAGUAAAUUUUCCUUGUGAAAAUGGUAUCUUCUGCAACUGUAAAGCUUUUGGUGUCUUUCAAAUAGCGAUACAGAAAAACCUGUUAAAACGUGGCAUAAACGUGAGUCCCAUGUGACUCACAGGAGCAAACCUGCCAAGGACUGCAGUUAUCCCAUUCUUGAAAGCUGUAAUUUCAGAAUCGUUUGAGGUAGCUGUUGCAAGGACUCAAUAUUGAACUGUAAAUCAGGCAUGUGGUGAGGAGACCAGCAGCAGCUACUGCUGCUGAGCUUCCCCCAAAAGCCCUGCUACGUGUUGUCUGGAGGGCUUGAGUGCCAUUUCAUUUAACUUAUUUUCUGGAAUGGAGUCUUAAACAUUUCCCAGUUGUACGAGAGCUCUGUAACUGAAGGUGUCUCAAGUUGUACAAGUAAUGACAUCCUUGAUGCUGAGAGAUACUGAGAUAACUGAGGCAGAGAAGUUCACUGCUCACCUCCAGAGGGAAUGCUGCCAGCAGUGGAAUUGCAGGGAUUCUGUCUGAAAACUGUCUUUCAAAGUAUUUUCUCGAGUUAAUAAACUUGUUAGAAAGCUGGAAAGAUUAUUCAAAAUCUCAGUCUAAAAGAUCUGAGUUUAGCCACUGGAAUACUGGAAUUCUCUAGUCUUCCUUGAAAUUUGGAAUUACUACCCCCCUCUCCAAAGUAGUUGCUGUUGAGACGUCCUUCCUGAAGUAACCAGUGUAAUUUGUCCUAUUUUGAGAUGAUAGUGUGUGAAAAUGUAGGGUUCAGUGGUGGUUAAAUCACCAUUUUUAUAUAAAAUGGAAAUGCAUGAUAAAAUUCGUGGUAUUCUGUAAAACUUUCAGUACAACUCUAGAAGACUUGACUGUUUUAAGUAUCCGGUAGCAACUCUGGUAACAUUCUCGAGUUACUUGCUCUUUUAAGGGAGCAGAUAAAUAACCUCAAAACCUUAAAUGAACCAAAGAGAGUCAGCAAGAGAGAUAAUUGGAAUAAACCAGUACUUCCAUUAAAAAAUUGAGAUAGCAAUGUGACAGCCCUGCAUACAAAGAUGUCUUGUUACACCAUUACAACCCCUGAAUCCUGAGUAAAGUCCUGCUGGAAAGACUGCAGAUUCCUGUUCCUGCAUCACCUUGAACAGACCCAACAACUGACAAUCCUUUGUGACCAAAGUUUUGCAAUUACUGGGUUGUUCCAAAUACCCAGGGAGAGCAGCAAACUUCUCUGCAUUCAGGACUGGGAAGAGGCAGGACAGCAGGAGUGAGGAGGCACAGUUGUGUUUUUCUGCUGUUACCAUCAUUUGGCUUUCCUGCCCAAAAUGGUAGCAUUUUUACCAAAUGCACUUUGGCAGCAGCCAGGCACAAAGUGAACAGUACUGUAAAUAAUGAAACAUUGCAAUAAAGCAUUUGUACUUCAAA